CAGUGAUGUGCGACAAGGAAUUCACGUGGGCUUUGAAAAAUGGAGACCUGGAUGAGGUGAAAGACUAUGUGGCCAAGGGUGAGGAUGUCAACUGGACACUAGAAGGUGGUAGGAAGCCUCUUCAUUAUGCAGCAGAUUGUGGACAGCUUGAAAUCCUGGAAUUUCUGCUACUGAAAGGAGCUGAUAUUAAUGCUCUAGAUAAACAUCAGAUCAUCCCUCUUCUGUCUACAGUAUAUGAAGGUCACGUUUCCUGUGUGAAAGUGCUUCUAUCAAAGGGUGCUGAUAAAACUGUGAAAGGCCCAGAUGGACUAACUGCCUUUGAAGCCACUGACAACCAGGCAAUCAAAGCUCUUCUUCAGUGAUGGCUGGAUGAACUGAUCCAUAUAGAAGAAUGCCUCUCCUGUGGCCUCACACUGCUGCCGGUCUGUCUGUCACUCUCUAUCUGCCAACUUCUUCAGCUAAAUACUUUAAGA